UUAACAGGGACAUUUGAAGGCAGCACCAAUCUAUUGAAGGAGGCGGGAUUAUGUGGCGUUACGACGAAAGAAUCCAAUCAGAGGCCAGCUUUUCACAUAGUAACCCCAAUCAGCGAAUAGGGACUGGCUGGUUGCGAAGGUAGUGGUCGUGGUGGUGUACUGGAAGAAGCAAGUGUUUCCUCUGGGCUUGUUUGCUGCAAGGUUUAGUAACAACAUUUUACUCGUGUAUCUGUCAGGUUAGGCGCCGAAAUUAUCGGCGUUUGAUCCUUUUGUUAUGCAUUAUUUGGUUUCUGCAUUCUAAUUUUGCAGUCUAGCUUGGCAGGUGAAUCUAAAUCUGCCUGAAAGCAUAUUUGAAUAUAAUAGGGACACGAAAUUACGAUGCCAUCCCCGAUGGAGGGAUCUUCCAGAGAAGGUGACCUGUUUACUGUGAAACACGAGCUGAAAAAUGCCAACCUGACGGGCCAUGUAGAGAGGGUGGGGAUUGAAAACUUUGAGCUAUUAAAGGUGCUGGGUACUGGAGCAUAUGGAAAGGUGUUCCUCGUGAGAAAAGUCAGUGGCCAUGAUGCAGGAAAGCUUUAUGCCAUGAAGGUUUUGAAGAAGGCCACUAUUGUACAGAAGGCCAAGACUGCAGAACACACGCGGACGGAGCGGCAGGUGUUGGAGCACAUUCGCCAGUCUCCAUUCCUAGUCACACUUCACUAUGCCUUCCAAACAGAAACCAAGCUGCACCUCAUUCUUGAUUAUGUAAAUGGUGGGGAGCUCUUCACGCACUUGGUGCAAAGGGUGCGGUUUAAGGAGCAAGAAGUAGCCCUGUAUAGCGGAGAGAUUGUUUUGGCACUAGAACAUCUACACGAGCUUGGGAUUGUCUAUCGGGACCUUAAACUUGAGAAUAUUCUACUAGAUUCAAAUGGUCAUAUAGUUCUCACAGAUUUCGGCCUUAGUAAAGAAUUUGAUCAGGCUGAAAGAGCUUUCUCUGUCUGUGGCACCAUUGAAUAUAUGGCUCCAGAAAUUGUGGAAGGAGGAGAGUCGGGGCAUGACAAGGCGGUGGACUGGUGGAGCCUCGGCGUGCUGAUGUAUGAGCUUUUGACUGGUGGGUCGCCCUUCACUGUUGAUGGAGAUGAGAACUCGCACACAGACAUUGCCAAGAGGAUUGCCAAAAAAGAUCCUCCUUUCCCUAAAGACAUGGGACCACUGGCCAAAGACCUAAUCCAGCGACUCCUCAUUAAAGAUCCAAAGAAGAGAUUAGGGUCGGGACCUAAUGGAGCGGAGAAUGUAAAGAAACACCCAUUUUACCAGAAAAUUAACUGGGAGGAUUUGGCAGCCAAGAAGGUGCCUGCGCCGUUCAAGCCAGUGAUUCGGGAUGAGCUGGACGUCAGCAACUUUGCAGACGAGUUCACAGAGAUGGACCCCACCUACUCUCCUGCAGCUCUGCCUCAGAACUGUGACCGCAUCUUCCAGGGUUACUCUUUUAUGGCCCCCUCCAUCCUGUUCAAGAGGAAUGUGGUGAUGGAUGACCCUGUCCAGCUGUGUGGGGGUUCUGAAAAGCCAGGCUCAGCUGCGGUGGCCCGCAGCGCCAUGAUGAAGGACUCUCCUUUCUACAUGAGUUAUGAGAUGGACCUGAAGGAAAGUGCUCUGGGGGAGGGUAGCUUCUCGAUCUGCAGACGGUGCACACACAAGAAGACUGGGCAGAAAUAUGCAGUCAAGAUUGUCAGCAAGAGGAUGGAGGCCCAGACUCAGCGGGAAAUAGCAGCCCUGAAGCUCUGCGACGGUCACCCUAACAUUGUCAAGUUACAUGAAAUUUACCACGAUCAGCUUCACACAUACCUGGUUCUGGAGCUGCUUGGUGGAGGGGAGUUGCUGGAGAGAAUCCGCCGGAAGCAACAUUUCAGCGAAACGGAGGCCAGCCGGAUCAUGCGCAAACUGGUGUCUGCUGUCAGUCACAUGCAUGACGUAGGAGUUGUGCACAGGGAUCUUAAACCGGAGAACCUGCUCUUCACAGAUGAGAAUGAGAACUCUGAGAUAAAAAUCAUAGACUUUGGCUUCGCUCGACUGAAACCACCAGACAAUCAGCUCCUAAAGACUCCCUGCUUCACCCUGCAGUACGCUGCACCAGAGAUACUCAAAUAUGAUGGCUAUGAUGAGUCCUGUGACCUGUGGAGUCUAGGGGUCAUCCUGUACACCAUGCUGUCCGGCCAGGUGCCUUUUCAGUGCCAGGAGAAGAGCCUGACCCACACCAGUGCUGAAGAGAUUAUGCGCAAAAUCAAACAGGGAGACUUCUCUUUUCAAGGAGAGGCCUGGAGAAACGUGUCCAAGCAAGCUAAGGACCUCAUACAAGAGCUGCUGACGGUCGACCCUAACAAGAGGAUUAAGAUGUGUGGCCUCCGUUACAACGCCUGGCUCCAGGACGACAGCCAGUUGUCCUCCAACCCACUUAUGACCCCAGACAUUCUCGGAUCCUCCACUGCCUCUGUCCACACUUGUGUCAAAGCUACUUUUAAUGCAUUUAACAAAUGUAAGCGGGAAGGGUUCCGCCUCCAGACGGUGGACAAGGCGCCUCUAGCCAAGAGGAGGAAGAUGAAAAAAACAAGUACCAGCACAGAGACCCGCAGCAGUUCCAGUGAGAGCACCCAUUCCUCCUCCUCCUCCUCCCAGUCACAGGAGAAGACUUUUCAAGAGGGAGACCCCAAUCGACAGCACUCUAACAUCACUCCUAUCACCACCCCUGUCAACACACCGGUGCCCUCCGGAACAGAUUCUGGGCCCCAGCCAGCACCUCCAGCCUUUCCCUUCUCAGAAGGACAGUAAGACAGCCUGAGGAGAAUCCAGAUUCAGACGGUUAGGUCUGAAAAAAAAGAAGAAGAAGAAGAAGUUUGGCUUGGACUAGUAUAGAGACAUCCUUCUUCUUUCUCUCUGCCUCUGGCUCAAUUGCAUGGAUGUCAGCACGUCUCUAGAACCAAGCAUGCAGCAGGAGCAGCACUGUCACCUCUAUAUCAAUCAAUCAAUCAAUCAAUCAUCACUAGCAAUAGCCUAUCCUAUCUUUUGCUCUGACUUUCUCACACAGACUAUCAAUCAGGGACUGGACCAGGAAGAAGUGUCACCAGUGUCCUAAAAGAAAAGGGCUGCCCUACUGCCCCCGGUCCAGAGAGUGGAGAGACAUCUUCAGUCUCGUCAUUAAAUCACAACAUCUGUCCUCUCCUUUUCUGUCUUUGUCCGAGUUUUUAGAGAUUUAAAGGGAAAGUCAGCGUUUACACCACGGAUGCUUUGUAAUUUCUGUCAAAAGGAGAGAGAAACAAAAGGCCACAUGCCGGAGGAUAAUCUUACGUCUCUGCUAUACGGAGCAGCUUAUUUAUAUGUGAAUUUUGCAGACUGAAAUUUAUUUAUGAUAAGCUAUAUUAUUAACUUAUUUAUGGUUCAUUAUGAUCUGAAAAGAAAUAAUGGAUACAGUGAGACUAAAAAAAGAAGAUAUUUUGUGUAUGUGUGUGUGUGUGUUUUCCUAUCAGCUCAAAAAACUUUCCAUAUAGUCAAAUGGUCUUUCAUAUAUCUUUCUAGUUAAACACAUCAAAGAGUCUAGUAGGUCAGUUUUAGUUUGUUUUGUAUACAUCGUAAGAGUCAAAGUCAUGAAACCAGAGUUCUUUAUAGGUACUGCUAAUUAUUUAAGGUGAAUUUUAAGAUUGAUAUUUGUUUAGUGGCUUAAAAAAUAUACAUUUCCUGAUUCAUAUAAAAGAUGAAAAUGUGUGCACAUCUUUUUGUAAGAACCAAAUGUGGAUGUAGUAAGUUCAGCCGAAUCUGUGAUUUUAUCAUUGUAUGGCGAGUACCGCUGCCUGAGGCAGUGCAACCUGACUAGAACAGCUAUAUUUAGACUUAUUUUUGUCUCUUAUGUGGGAGUAUGGCUACUGCCGGACUUAGCGUUGCUGCUGUUCCAUGUGGUCUGAUCCUGAAGUCAGUAUUUAGCCCAGCAGUAGAGACCUAAUUGUCUCAUUAUCACUACAACCAAUUGGAUUGAACAGAAUGUCCCAAAUGGAAAAUGAAGAUCAGCUUAGCGUAAGGGUUGAAUGCGUCAAGUAGUUUGAGAUUUGAGCCUUCUUGGAACCAAGAUGCCUGAGGGCAGUUUCAAGUGACCUCUUUUUUUUUGUCGUUGUUGUAGAUUAAAAAAUAUUAAUUAAAGGAAGGCUUAUGUGCCAAACUGCAUUUGAAUGGUAAUGUUUGAGUUUAAAGACGGUCAGACACUAGGACAUUUGGAGACAAUGUAGAGCAAAAGUAGCCCCGUUUUGUCUUCAGUCAUAAAACUACUGCAAAAUGCCUAACUUUGAUGAUUACAAGUUGUUGAGCACAAACUAGGGAUGCACUGAUUGAUUCUAUUAGCCAAAUGUUGGUAUCUGGCUGUUGUGGGCCUUGUUGACUCAUUUCAGCAAUUAAAUAUGUCUGAUGUGCGAAUCAUAUCCGUGUUUAACUGGCUUAUAGUAUGAUGAAGCGUUGAAAGACUUCAAGUUCAGUUAUGCUUAUUCAUAGUGAAGAUUUCUUUGCUUCCCUGGAACAGAAGGUGGAAUAAGUACGGGAAAAAAACACAUCAGAAUUUGCCAGUCGGCCCAGAACUUAACGAUCAGUGCAUCCCUACCACAUGCUUCUUUUUACUAUUGAUGCUGUCCUUGCUCUAUUUACCAUGUUGUACUGCAUGACUGAAAAGGUGAUCUUUGCACUGUGUGACAGCUCGCACUUUGAGGCAGAUAUCUUGUUAGUAUUAGGUCCCCAGUGCAUGAUAUGAACCGAAACAUCAACCACUUCCUUUAUUUGCCUUUGUGGGCUUUUUUGGGGGGGCAGAUUCUUACUUGAUUUAAUGUGAGUUUGUUUACUUGCUUAACCGAUUUUCAAUUCGGGACUUUUACUGUUUAAAAUUGUGAUGGAUGUACCAAAACCCCUUGUUACAAUAGUCUAAAUAUUGUAAUAUCCCAGUGUUACAAUUCUGGUGUUAGUUGGGAUGGUUAGGGGGAAAAAAAUGCCAUGCUCUGUUAACUGUUUUUUUAAAAUUAUGUCUUUGUCUGUUUCCAUUGUAAUAAUUGAAAUACUGUAUUUUGCUGUUGUGUGGGGUACUUGGUGAUCCGUAUGUGAAGCUACCUAGAAUCAGAUCCUCCUGCUCAGCCAGGAUACAGAUUUUCAGUUGGACUACUGUGUGCAUUUAAACACACGCUGUCAUCCUCUUCCAUUUUUACUCUGAAUCAGAACCAAAGCAUUAACUUCAAGGUAGCUGCUUUAAGCUGCAUGAGACAUUACCUUUCAUGCAAAUAUGCAAAGAAAUGCUUCAUAUAUCACAUUUUCUGUUUGUUCGGAUUUCUUUUACUUGGUCCAUUCAAUGAACGAUAUUUUUUAGUACAGAUGGUUUUUUUUAACAGCACACAAUGUGUUUUCUUCAGAGAUUCUUUAUGGAAUCAAUAAUAUCAAUACCCAGCACAUUAUCAUGCUUAAAUCUAUGCAUCUCUUUUACACUUUUGUGUUGCUUGUUUUGCCAUUUCACAGACCUCAUUGAAUGGGUUUAAGCAGAGUGCUUAAAACGGUGUAACAAAAUUUCUAUACACUGAUCGUCUACAACACCAAAUAUUGUGUAAUGUCCACCUUGUGCCAGAAGAAACAGCUCUGACAUGUUGGAGAACAGACAUGAGAUGCUGUUAGUUUCUGGGACAGGGCAGAUGGACUGCUGUCAGUCAGUUUGGAGACCAGUUUAAGACCUUGGGCUCUUGCUCAUGUUUUUUGUUUAAUUUUUGUGGUGUGGCAAGGUGCACUGUCCUGCUGGGAAAAGCAGCUAUUUCGGUGGGAAGCGUACGGCAAAGGAACAUCCACACGAAUGGCGCGAUCCAAGGUUUCUCAGCAUAACAUUGCAGAGAGUGUUUUUAAUGUUUUGGCUGAUCAGUGUUUACUGUACUUUUACUCCCAUAACGUCAGCCACUGUAGAAAUGGAACAGAUGGAAAAGAUUCCCAGUAUGAAAAAGCUGGAAUCCUUGGAGCUAAACACUACAAAGCUCUUGUCUAACUUAGUUCGCAUGAGUUCCCCGUUGCUGCCUCAUUAAGCCUCUUUUCUUUUGUUUGGGUGUAUUAAUAGCUCAAGUGGAGGAAGAGGAAGAGUGUCCUAUAUUGAGCUCCCCUCUGGGAGCCAGGCUCUAUUAGCUGAUGUGCUGCAGUGCUGUUUGUUCCAAAGAAAAUACCGUACUCUACUCACUGCCUCUGUGGGACCCAGCUCACUUUCUUUGUAGGGAAAAUAACAGUGCAUCACAGGAAAGGGUUGGUUUAGUAUCAACGUCUCUUGGGGCUGAUUUCCAAACUAGGCUUUCCUUCUUUUGAUGAACAUCUUGUUCAUUGUGCCACCACGAGGAAGAGAGAUAGAGGGAGGCCGGUUCUUAUUUUAGGCCUUGUUGCCUUUGAUACAUUAUGUUGUCAGUUCCCUGAAAUUUUAACGAAAGUUCCUUUUCUGCCUACAGUGCUUCCUCAUUUCUAAGCCUGAAAGCGUCACAUCUAAUGAUGCUAAACCUUUUUAGCAUUUUCCAACACUUAAUUAGAGGGCUGGUAGUUUGAAUUGUUUUGUGUAAACCAGCGACUGCUGUUGUAUAUUUUAGUCAGAGAAAUUGGCUUGCAAUGUUAUGGUGUGUUUUUAGUGCUCCGGUUCACGACGUCAUGCAUGGGAUUAAGACACUAAGAGCAGCAUUGAGUGACAUCCUGUGCUGAUUCUCAGUAUGGUGCUCUUGUGCAUGUGUUGUUUGCGAACGUCGAACAUUUUGGACACACCUUGCAGCUAGUGUGGUUCUUUUUUGUCAACAUUAAGGACGUGUACAGUACUGUGCAAGAGUCUUGAGCCAAGCUUCAUUUCUCUAUAUUUUGCCAGGAAAAUUGGAAAUAUGUGCAGUGAAUUAUCGGACACAUGGAAACUUACUUGGAAAUACAGUAUAUAAGCAAAAUCAGAGUUUGUACAAAAUGUUUCAUUGUAUGAUCUUACCGCAUUAACAGUGUGUUUGGGGAUCAUUGUCAUGCUGAAACUUGAAACCAGUGCCAAUGAGAUGCUUUUUGUUUUGCAUGGUGGAUAAAAUCUGAUGCUACUUUUCUGCAUUCAUGAUUCCAUCAGUUUUGAAAAGAUCGCCAACACCACUUGCUGAAAUCAAACCCAAAACAAUGACUGAGCCUUCACUGUGUUUUACAGAUGGCUGUAAAGACUGUUGUACCUCUCUCCUGACUUCCAAAAUGUUAAAAUUUGGAUUCAUCACUCCAUAAGACCUUCCCACUUAUUUUUAGUCUAGUACUUGUAUAGUUGACACACCUCAGCCUUUUCUCCCAGUUUCCCUCCUAUAAGAGUGGUUUCUUUACAGUCACUAUUCCUCUCUACAGUCACUCGCCUCUGUCAGUGCACCCCAGGGUGGCUGUGGCUACAACGUAGCUUGCCAUCACCAGUGUAUGAGUGUAUGAAUGUGUGUGUGAAUGGGUGAAUGACUGGAUAUGGAAAGCGCUUUGGGGUCCUUAGGGACCAUAAAAGCGCUAUAUAAAUACAGGCCAUUUACUAUUCAUUUGAGAUCAUUUCUAAUGAUCAACUGAAGGACCAGAUGUCUCUCUCAGGUCCUGCGUUAGGUCUUUGUUGGAUUUUUCUUUUUUCCUGUCUAAAAAAUGAAUGAAAAAGCAGCCAGUGUCCACAGACCACCUUUUAAAAAGAUUACAGAACUUUUGCUCUAGAAAAUGUUAAAAAAGUUAAAAGAAAGUAUAUUUCCUUGGAAGCAAAAUACAAAGAAGUGAUGGGUGACUCAAGAUGUUUGGAUUGGACACUGCCGUAUGUAUGGAGCUGUCCAAGGUGCUGAAGUGCUCAAACUACAAGUGUAAUAGUGUGAUCCUUUAAAAUGACCAGGCGCACAUGAUUGUUAAGUGGCUCAACUAAUCCACAGAAAAAGUGCGUCAAGAAAACAAACAAACAAAACCUCCCACUAUGGCUAAUGAUAAUUAUAUUUAUUGAUACAAUUUAGAGCACUUCCAAGUAAGGCAGAGCUUUCAUCAGUCAUGAGUCAGGUGUAGCAGCUUUGAUCAAGAGCGAGAAAAGAAAGAGUGAAUGGAUGCAAUGUCCAGCUUUGCUGUGCUUCUGUGUUGUAGAUGUUUAUAUCAAAGUCUAAAAUACUUCAAUGUCUGAACAUGUAAUCUCUGCGUGGCAAAAGCUCAGACUUCAGACCGCUCUAAAUUCUUGGUUUCUUGUGUUUUUUUUUUUGUUGUUGUUUUUUUUUUUUGGUCUAUUGGUCUUUGAACCUGACAUUUUAUGAUGUCAGUGGGAGCAGAUAUCCCAGAUAUGGGCAGCCAAUCAACAGAAAGUUGGCUUAAAGGGAGCGGGAAGGGAGAAAAGCUGAGUAUAUGAUAAAAAAAGAGAUUAAUUUGAAAGGUAAAUCAUGCAAAGGCACCCUGGUAGUGUCCACAAAUGGCACUACUGAGAUAAAAAAAAAAAAAAAAAAAAAAAAAUCUAAAAAGCUCCACUUUGGAUACAAAUAAUGUAAUUAAUAAUGUCAAAUAACAUCCAGAAUCAUUUUAGCUAGGAAAUGAAAUAUGUGAACUUUUUUUCUUGUAAUUUUGGACUAUAUACUAACAGUUACUUCGAUUAAAAGUAUCCAACUACUACUACACUGAUAUCUCUGGCAGUGACAGCCAUAUGUAAUAUAUACCCCCCUUACAGUUCAGCCUUUUAAAAAGCAAGUGGUCAGCUACAAAGUGGUACUCAUGCCUUGCUGAGCUACACUUACCUGCAUGAGGACGUGUUCUCUGGUGUUAAUUUUAUUUGACUCAGCGAGUGUUGCUCUAUGUAAAGUUGGUAACAGAUAUUAAUGCUUCCACAUCCAUGGGUUGUAAGGGAUGUAAAGGCAUCAUCCUCAUCAUCGUCGUCAUCAUCAUUUAGUCACCAGUGCAGCCAUCAUGCAUGUGCUGAUGCUACUUGAUUCCUGUCAAUCUACGUACUGUAGCAGUGAAUCCCUUUGAGAUUGGUCAAUACUAAACUGGUUUAAAAUAUAACAUCAAGCUUUAAGGGCAAAACUUUGCACUUACAUGUUGAUUUAGUCACGCAUAUGUUGCAGGAAAAAUGUCCUCUUUUGUGCAGGUUCAAAUGUUUCUCAUCUUUCUGUUUCUCUUGAUGGUUGUUGUCAGAUAAUUCUAAGAUAAAAUAAACCUCAGCAGUAGUACUUUUUAGAUACGGCGAGUAGACACCAUGUGCAUACCUGCUUCUUAAGGCACUGUGAAAAUCAUCCUUCAGGACUUUUGGGCACACCGUCGAUAGUAUGAGGGGAAAAAAAACCUCGAUUUGCUUCAAUAAAUGCUUUACGUGCUAGCUGAAUACAUGUGUACGUUUGAUAAUCUGAUACCAGUAAUGAGUCUUUUAAUAGAUCCUCUGCUUCAUUGUAUUUUUAAGUGUUUACAUCAUUAAUGAAGAUAUUUUGUGAUACCAGGAUUUGUGUGUAUGAGUUGUCAAAAAGACAAUAAACGUACGAUUUCCUGUUCA